UUAUUGAGUUGUUAUAGUCAAAGAAAACGGUUCCAUUAAUCAACUUAUUCGCAAUGGCUUUACUAAAAUUACUAUUCGUUUUCACUAUAACUUCAAUCUUAACAUCCAGCGUACUAUCUUAUUCUACAUUUCGUGAUUUACCGAUCAGAAAUGACAAUAUACGCAUUGUGAAUGGCUUUCAAGCGCAGCCAGGACAAUUUCCUCAUCAAGCUCUUUUACAAAUUACACUACCUCAAGGAUCUGCUGUUUGUGGAGGAAGUCUGCUCAACAAUGAAUGGGUAAUCACUGCAGCUCAUUGUGCAUUGUCUGCCAGUCAAUUCAAAAUUAGUUUGGGUGCUCAAACGUUCAACAAUCCGUCAGAAGCGGGGCGUGUAAUUGACAUUACAAGCACAAAAAUUGUUCAUCCCGGCUACACUACUUUCUCUACAAGCAACGAUGUAAGUUUGAUCAAAUUGUCGAAAAAAGUGGAAUUUACGGAUCGAAUUCAACCGGCUCUACUACCGAAAACGGAAGAUCUAUUUGAACAACAAGAUGUAAUUGCUAGCGGUUGGGGAUUGGAAUCUUCUGCAGCUCAAGGUGUUGCAUCCGAAUUACAAUGGGCACCAAUGCACAUCAUUUCCAAUUCCGUAUGUGUAAAAUCGUACGAUUCGUUCGUCGUACGCAGCUCAACGAUUUGUGCACAGGGCAACGAGAGAGAAAGUGUAUGCAAUGGUGAUUCAGGAGGACCACUAGUUCUGAAAAGCGAUAAUCGAACACUGAUCGGCGUUACCAGCUUUGGCCAUGCAGCUGGCUGUGACAUGGGGCUGCCGCAAGGAUUUUCGAGAAUUACUUCGUAUCUUAAAUGGAUUGAAGAUAACACUGGCAUUACGGGUUAAUUAUUGCAUAUGCACGAAUCAAGGUCUCAACACUUUUUACGUUUCUUUUGUACAAAUAAAACUGUAGGUCGUCAAACA